UGCCGGGGGUGGGGCGAGCGCCUCUCGCCCGCUUCAGUCCGACACCAGACACCGAACCGGCGACACCAUCGCCCUACAACCUGAACCAUUUGGAUUACGAUCGCCGUCAACACCGCCGCCGUUAUUAUUCUACCAUUUUUAUUGUGCCGUGCUUUUCAACCUCAUCCGCUCUGCAUGAAAGGAGAUACUGUGCUGUGAGUGUGCAAGUGCCCCAGUGUGAUAAGUGCCCCGUGCAUCUCGAUAGAGAUGUACUGAUGUAACAUGUACCCGACAGCAGGAAUGAAUGCCGCCGCAGCAGCUGCAGCAGUCGCAAGGCAUCCGGGCCCACCGCAGCCUGGGCAGCCAUUUAAGUUCACAGUGGGAGAUUCCUGCGAUAGGAUAAAAGAAGAAUUCAAUUUCUUGCAGGCCCAAUACCACAAUCUUAAAAUGGAGAUCGAGAAACUUGCACAAGAAAAAACGGAAAUGCAGAGGCACUACGUAAUGUACUACGAGAUGUCCUACGGGCUCAACGUGGAGAUGCACAAACAGACUGAAAUUGCGAAAAGGUUGAAUGCCAUCAUCGCCCAAAUAUUACCCUAUCUUUCACAAGAACACCAACAGCAAGUCGCGACGGCAGUCGAAAGGGCGAAGCAGGUGACGAUGACCGAGCUGAACGCUAUCAUAGGCCAACAACGACCGGACCUUCCGAGAUUAUUGCAACAAAUGCACGCCCAGCAGCUGCCGCACGCUGGACACGCGCCUCCCUUGCCGAUGAUGCCGCACCCGGGGCUUCCGGGACCCCCGGCCUCUGCAGCAUCGCUGCUCGGCCUUUCAGGAGCCCUGGCAGGACCCGCGAGCCACCCUCUGAGCAUGCUGGCGGCCAAGCCAGAUCUCCACAGAGAAGACUCCAAGUCGGCAUCAGGCCUGAAUUCAGCUGAGGAGAGACAUAGAAACUCGAUUUCACCAGCCGAAAGGGAAAAGUACAGGCCCAGGAGCCCCCCAGAGCCGGAACACAAAAAAGUGAAAAAAGAAGAAAAAGACUGUCAUGCUAGUGACGGAGAAAAAAGUGACCAAGACUUAGUUGUAGACGAUGCCAGUGAGGAUCCCGUUUCACCUCCAAAUGGUACAACAUCACCAAGAGAGAAUGGACUAGACAAACUUGCUCCCAAAAAAGAACAUGUUGGCCCACACAGUCCUAGAAGUGGGACUUCGUCAAACGCGAGCACCCCCUCUACCAAAAAGAUGGAGGAAAAGCCAACAACACCAAUUUCCAAGUCUGUCACGCCAACAAGUGGAGGUAGCAGUGGCAGCGUAGCCGGAUCCGGUGCCAUGAAGCCUUUAGUCAAACCGCCAUUAGAAUAUUUAUUUCCAGCUCAAUACCCGCACUAUCUGACAGGUGCAGGUCCCCACGACCUGCAAGCAGCGGCCAGCUAUGGUGCGCUUCACAAUAAUCUACCACCUGCAUUGAAUAGCUACCCGAGGCCUCCCAUGGUCGGGUAUGAUCCACACUCUCAAAUGAGAGCUCCAUUAGGACCUGCACUUGGGGGUAUUCCAGGAGGAAAGCCUGCUUAUUCAUUUCAUGUGAGCGCAGAGGGUCAGAUGCAACCGGUACCAUUCCCACCUGAUGCCCUCAUCGGGCCUGGCAUCCCCAGGCAUGCCAGGCAGAUCAACACGCUCAGCCAUGGUGAAGUCGUAUGUGCAGUCACAAUAAGCAAUCCCACCAAAUAUGUCUACACUGGGGGUAAAGGGUGUGUUAAAGUCUGGGACAUAAGCCAACCAGGGUCUAAGAGCCCUGUUUCACAACUUGACUGCCUGCAAAGGGACAAUUAUAUAAGAUCUGUAAAGCUAUUACCAGAUGGAAGGACACUAAUCGUCGGUGGUGAAGCAAGUAAUCUCAGUAUAUGGGAUUUAGCUUCACCGACCCCGAGAAUUAAAGCAGAACUAACUUCUAGCGCCCCUGCAUGUUACGCUCUGGCCAUCAGCCCUGACAGCAAGGUCUGCUUCAGCUGUUGUUCAGAUGGCAACAUCGCAGUUUGGGAUCUACAUAACCAGACUUUGGUGAGGCAGUUCCAGGGUCAUACCGACGGUGCCUCCUGCAUAGAUAUUUCUGCUGAUGGGACCAAACUGUGGACCGGCGGGCUUGACAACACUGUCAGGUCAUGGGACCUACGGGAAGGUCGUCAGCUUCAGCAGCACGACUUUUCAUCUCAGAUAUUCUCUCUGGGCUAUUGCCCAACUGGCGAGUGGCUAGCUGUCGGCAUGGAAAAUUCAAAUGUCGAGGUCCUGCACGCCCUCAAACCAGACAAGUACCAAUUACAUCUUCAUGAAUCGUGUGUCUUGUCACUGAGGUUCGCCGCAUGUGGCAAGUGGUUUGUUUCUACUGGAAAAGACAAUUUACUGAACGCUUGGAGGACUCCGUAUGGAGCAUCUAUAUUCCAGAGCAAAGAAUCCUCAUCAGUUUUGAGCUGUGAUAUAUCAGCAGAUGACAAGUACAUAGUAACAGGUUCUGGUGACAAAAAGGCAACAGUGUAUGAAGUAAUUUACUGACCUCGCUCUAAAUCAAAGAAGUGAUUGUCAGUUCAUGUUAAUAACGCCAAUGUGCUUAGUUAGCAGUACAGUGAAUCUCUGGUGGAGGACACUCAGCAGUGCUGGCACCAAAUUAAUUUUCAAAAUGAAAUAUGAUUAAUAUGUAGAAUUUCUCUUCAGGGCCAUUUAAGUGACUCUGUUCCUUGAUAUUGUGAUGUUCUCUAAAUGAGUCAAGUGAUGUGUUCAUCGUUUGUACAGAAAUGACUUUUAUUAUUCCAUAUUCUCGGGUCUUGUCUUGACGCGGGUAAUAUAUUUCUAUUUGCGCUAGUACAUAUAUUUCUACUAGUGGCUUAUUGUACAAGCCGACCUUCACAACCAACUUUUUUGGAGUGUGAACGUUUCUUUUUCCUUUUACUUUUUUGUUAAAAUUUCAAUUUUUCAAUUAUAAAAUUGUUUUUUGUAAGUAGGGGAAAAAAAAGGAAAUUAUUGUCUACUUAAUGCAUUUUAAGAUGUAUAGACGUAUAGAUUUUUGGCAAUAUCUCUCAAAGGUGUUAGAAAUUAUUGUUGAUAAGCACGUAAAAUUGUUUAUUAGCUUUGUACAUAUUUAUAUUUUAUUUAAUUGAGCUAAGGUGCUUAAUUCCUUGAUUACUUUAACAUGAAGUUUAUUUGUGCACAUUAAAAAAAAAUACUAAAAAAAACUAAAAAAUAUUUUUGUUUUUUACAUUUUAUGAUAAAAAUAUCUGAACU